CAAACCUACUCCAUAUUGGGUGUACUUUGGUUAAAGAUACGAAACUGGGAAAGUGAUUCGUGCUGAGAAAUACACUAUUUUUAUUUUAAAAAAGGAAAUUAUUACAUUGGUUUAAGGAACGAUUAACGAAAGUCAAAACAGGUGAAAAUACAAAGGGUCCAUUGGACGUGUAACCAAAAUUCACUUUAGCAAGAAGAAUAAGCCAAUUGGUAACUAUCAAAAAUGUUUCAAGUAAGUCGAAAAGUGAUUGAAACAAACAUUCACGGAGCUCCUCAUACCUGGAUUCAGCUUGUGGAAAUGCUUCCUUCAUCCUCAAUUUACGUUUGGGCAAGCAACAGUGGAUCUUGUCCAUCUGGAAAUCUAACACUUGCCGUUCCCGUCGGCAAGGACACGGCUACCACCGAUUUAGUAGGAGUGGGAUCUAUCGACGACUUGUCAAGAAGAAUGUCGAGAAUUCUGUCAAAACGUUAUCAGAUCCAAGCGUUCUGCAGCGUUAUACUUCAAGGAGAGUUUCCAAAUGAUCCAGAAAUCCAAUCCGCUUUUACAAUGGUAAUGGGUGCUGUAAGAAGUAUGAUUGAGGAGCAAAAAAAAAAUUCAAAUGCUUAAGUUUUAGUAAACUUUCAUCCUCACGAUAAAAUUGCGGGUCGCAUAGAUCGUUGAAUCCAUUUUUCUAUAUUUUCUUCUCUAAAAACAACAUAUUCGGAAGCUUUAUCUUCCAAGAUUUCCUUGCGACUCAGGAUCGACCAGAUAUUUGUCCAGUAAAAAAUGGCUUCAGUCAACUCUUCUUGACAUCUAGGUCCUUUCCCCAAACCAGUUUCUGCCCACAUGAACCACUCGUCCCACAUGGUUGCUUUCGCUUUUAGGAAUUUUCGCUCACUUGAUGGCAGGUACCCGUCGAAGCAAGUGUACCAGUGGAUAUAGAGUUCAUUUACGACGUCAUGAAUAUUUUCUGGUGGGAAACUGGGAGAAGCUAGUAACUUUUUCAUAGCCAGACGAUAAUCGUCCCAUAGUUUGGUCAAAAUCCUUGUCAAUAAAAACGCUGUUUCUUCCACUAGAAGUUUUGUAAUUUGGUCAAUUAAUUUAGUAGCUCGGGGAUGAG